AUGUCUAGCUCUGAUCCUGAGAUAAUGGGCAAUGAUAUCUGCGGUUCUGAGCAUUUCGGACCCAAGGAGAUCUCCGGGAUGAAGUUGUUCUGUGAUGCGCCUUCAACAUCCUCGCUUACAUCACGAUCCUUCAUGAUGCUGAAUUCAAUUUUCGAACCACUAGGCUCUGAAGCUGCCAACGGCGGCGAGGAGCUGCUGGGUAACUCUAUUGAGGACGCGUGGCGAGAGAUAUUCUCGCUGAAGAAUUCAAAAAGUUUGUUCCGAAAGGUGGACUUGGAGAAGAACUCGGAUCAGGGCUGGAAUAGCAUUUCACAAGCCACUUGCUCUCCAAUGUCUUUCUUGAAGACAACCUUAUCUUAG